AUGGCUCGAAAUCAAACUGCGCGUUCCCUCGAGGACCAAACCUUACACGGCCACUUCCGGUCGAGUUCUCCCCUCGCAGAGACCGCAAUCGCCCGCGACAUAGAAAAUUAUGCCGACGAUGAAGGCUCCAUCCUAACCGCCGACGAUGAAGCCUCCGAGACCUCCACCGUCCGCGCGAUCAACUCCCAAGCCGGGACCAAUCCCCAUUCCCUCGCGGGCUCGUAUCAACGGCCCAGUUUCUUCACCACCGUCUCGCACGCCACCGUCGUCCCGCACCGUUUGGAACAUGAAGCGCUAACACAGCGAGAGCGCGACCAGGCCAUUGAAGACGAGCGGCUUCUGCUGACCGAUAACCAUGUCAUGGACACGAGUGGACCUGCGAAGAGGCGGCGCCGGACGGAAGAAGGUCCCGCAGAAACCACCUCCCUCCUGCGGCCUUCGCGGGGUGUAGCAGAAAGUGAGAUCCCGGAUGCCGAGGAAAUCGACCGGAAGUGGGAGGAAGCCGUCAUGGCCGGUCUGAUCCACACGACAUGGAAGCGAGAAGCGCAAGUCAUCGGGAAGAACGCCGCGCCGCUGGUGGUCACUUUUCUGCUCCAGUAUUCUCUCACCGUCGCCAGUAUCUUCACUGUGGGCCAUCUCGGGAAGAAGGAGCUGGGAGGUGUUAGUCUGGCGAGUAUGAGUGCAAGUAUCACGGGUUACGCAGUUUAUCAAGGCCUGGCGACUAGCUUGGAUACGCUCUGUGCGCAAGCCUAUGGCUCCGGAAGGAAGAAACUGGUCGGCCUGCAAAUGCAGAAGAUGGUAUACUUCCUUUGGGCGAUCACGAUACCCAUCGCCCUUCUGUGGUUCUUCGCAGACCGGAUCCUCAACAGAAUUGUGCCUGAAAAGGAGGUCGCCAUGUUGGCUGGUCUAUAUCUGAAAGUGGUCAUUCUGGGUGCACCAGGGUACGCAUUGUUCGAGAGUGGAAAGCGAUAUGUCCAGGCACAGGGUCUUUUCUCCGCUUGUCUCUAUGUUCUCCUGAUUUGCGCUCCCCUCAAUGCAUUUAUGAACUGGCUGUUCGUAUGGAAAUUCCAAUGGGGUUUCAUCGGUGCCCCUAUCGCUGUUGCUAUUACUGACAACCUCAUGCCCUUGUUCUUGUUCCUGUACGUGUACUUCAUUGCGGGAGCCGAGUGCUGGAACGGGUUCACCACGCGCGCUCUCAAUAACUGGGGCCCCAUGAUCCGACUCGCCCUACCGGGGCUGGUCAUGGUCGAAGCUGAAUGCCUCGCUUUCGAGGUUCUGACGCUGGCCUCCUCAUACUUGGGCACCACACCCCUCGCUGCGCAGUCGAUCCUUUCCACCAUUGCCAGCAUCAUGUUCCAGAUUCCGUUCCCACUGUCCAUCUCGGGCAGUACGCGCGUAGCAAACCUGAUUGGGGCCACGCUUGUUGGCGCCGCCAAAACUUCCGCCAAGGUGACCAUGGUAGGUGCAGUGAUUGUCGGACUACUCAAUAUGCUCUUCCUGUCCUCCCUGCGAGCGUAUAUUCCGCGACUCUUCACGUCCGACGAUGAGGUCAUCGGGCUAGUUGCUCAGAUUCUGCCCCUGUGUGCGGCCUUCCAACUCUUCGAUGCGCUUGCCGCCAACUGCAAUGGAAUCCUUCGCGGAAUCGGACGACAGGAAGUAGGCGGCUAUGUCCAGCUGUUCUGCUACUAUGCUGUAGCUAUGCCCAUCAGCUUCGGUACUACUUUCGGAUUGGGAUGGGGCCUUCUGGGCCUCUGGACAGGUGUUGCAAUUGCGCUGUUCCUCGUGUCUCUGAUAGAGGCAUUUUUCCUCAGUCGCACGAAUUGGGACCGUUCGGUUGAGGAUGCUAUCCAGAGAAACUCCAUGCACUAG